CUACGUAACUGCCCGAGAUUGUCCGACUGCUUUGAACCUUUGAACAGAGUUAUCUAUCUUGAUCCAAAAUGUCUACCGAUGAAAAUUCUGCUACGAGUUCUCAGUCUCAACCGGGGACUGGGCCCCCUCCACCGGAGGUUAAAACGGCCGGAAUUCCGCUGAGUGAUUUUGUACUUCAACUGGAAGAUUAUGCGCCAACUAUACCAGACUCUGUUACCGGCUUCUAUCUCGGCAGAGCAGGUUUUGAGGCGUCAGAUCCACGGAUAAUCCGUCUCAUCUCUUUGGCAGCCCAGAAGUUCAUCUCGGACAUUGCGAAUGAUGCUCUACAACAUUGCAAGAUGCGGGCCUCAGGUCAGAGCUCCAAGAAACAAGGGAAGGACAAGAAGCAUAUUUUGACAAUGGAAGACCUGACACCUGCGCUAUCGGAGUAUGGAAUAAAUGUAAAGAAGCCAUGCUACUUCUACUGAAGACCAUGGCAACAGUCACGCUUGUGUCAUUGUACUGUCAUUGCUCAUGGAACGUUUUCAAGGAUCGUUGACUUUUUUAAAUAUUUCGGGUUCUUCCAGGUGCUGAGUGACUAACAGACAGAGAUAUAUGCAUGUCUCUUCAAGACGUUGUUGAAUCAAAGGUACUCUUCACAAUAAUUUGAAAAGAGCACGGAUACUGUUGAAAAGUCUUUGAUUUCAUACUGUUUUGGUGAACUAGGUUAGAACGUGCAGAUGGUACCCUAUUCUUUAAGUAAUUCCUGGAGAUGUUAGUACCAGUAAUGUGUGUAUAUUUUGAAACCUGAAGGUCAUGACCUUUGAUCUAACGUCAGUUAAAACAGUGUAUAAGUAUCUGUAUUUACCUGGAAUGAUUGUAAAUAUUUAGGGGCUUGUGCCAUGUUUGGUGAUGUACGAGUUACCACUAGUCUACGUUCAGGGAAAUACCAUUGCAUCAUCCAUCCUAGGUAUCUAUUCAGCUGGGACUAUCACAUAGCCUCUGGAAAUCAAAGCCAUACUAUUUAUUGGGCUAUAUUUCUAUUGCUGUCAUGGUAUGCUACAUUUUCAAUGUUAUACUACUAAAAACAUUUAAGGAACAUUUCAUAUAAGGAUUCUUUCAUAUUGCUGAAGUUAAUCUGUCAUACAACAAGUACAAUGACAGAUUCCUUUCAUAAUCCGAAUCGGGUGGUCCUUUAUUUUUUUUUAGUAGUUUUUUUCACACUGGUUCUUAAUUAGUUGCUCUUGUGAAAUGUUACAUCAUGAUGAUUGUCUUUGUUACCAUGGUAACGUGAUGCUCUGGUGAGAUGUAGGUACUGCAGUUACCAUGGUAACUGGAUACACAAGAGUUGCAGAUUCAUCUGUCGUGUCAAAUUGAACCUCCAUCGAAAUGUAGGUACCUGUGUUACCUUGGCAACUGGAUGGGUGAACGGUACUUGUAUUACCAUGGCAACUGGAUAGGUGAACGGUUCUUGUAUUACCAUGGCAACUGACAUCCAAGAAGGGCCGUUGUUCCUGAAUAAGGUUGUAUAUAGUUCAGUGGUUGUACAGUGGUUGUAUCAACCAAAGUUUGCAGGUGUUCACAAGGCAGUUGCCAGCACCAGAAGAUGCAGGUGUUCCAACUAGACAGGGCUGCACCUGAGACUUCUCAAAAUCUACUUUUUUUCUCCUAUUUUCUACACGAGUAGUCGAAAAUGAGCAGUGCAUUUCAUGCACAGAUAUUUCAACCAAAUCUCCCCAUGUUACCAUGGCAACUCUCAUCAACACAUGUCCCAAGUAACAACGCACCUGCUGGGCACCCUAGACAAAUUAAUGAAGUACUUUAAAAAAAUUCUUGCUGUUCAUGUCGUUCUUUGAGUCUUACUAGUACCUGUAGUUGACUAGCACCACCAAGCCAAGCCUGCAGCGGCCUGACAAAAUAAGUUGAUUUCAUCAUUGGUAGGGGGCAAGGGUGGCCCAGUCGUCUAAGGCGCCAUGAUUCGCUGUGCAGAGUUGCGUCCCUUGGGGACACCAGAAACCUAAGUUUGUUGGUUCGAAUCCCGGUUUGCCCCGAUUAUGUUUCUAGGU